UCCCAUACUGGUCAGUUACACGAUCUAUAAACAUGGGACGUGUGGGGGAACUCGCCAUGACACUUUUCAUGGAGACUAACUGACAGCAGACAGGAAUUUUCACAACAGCGGCGGAGACAUCUCCAUACUGGUAAUGAUUUUGGAUUUAAAUUUUCUUUUGAUACAUGCCUAUGAAGUAGACAGGAGUCGUAUAGACGCAAACAAUUUUCGGCGCAUUCGAAUGUUUCAGGAAUGGAUUUCUAUCGAAAAGUAGAAAACAAAGUAUCCGGGGCAUUCGUCUCUUACGGGCGCUUCAUCUCUCGAAGGCCAUGGUCCGCCAUCAUCUUUAGUGUAAUGCUGAACGGAAUUCUGGGAAUUAAUAUAUACUGGCUCUCCCACGAUACAAAUCUUGAAAGAUUGUACAAUCCCACAGACAGUCAGGCGGAGAGAGAUCGAGCUGAGGCCAAACGAAUCUUCCCUGAUGCGAGUGCGACCAAUUUUGAGCACCAUAGUUUGAAUGACCUUGGUCUCUAUGGUGAGGUCAUUGUGAGACCAAAGACAGGCGGCAACAUACUCAACAAGACUUAUAUUGAAGAUAUUAAGAACCUAUUUGCCACCAUUAGAAACACUUCUGUGACGGCAGACGAUGGCGAAGUUUUUAACUACGAAAGUUUGUGUGCCAGGCGUGAUGGCAUGUGUAUUGUUGAUGGCUUGUUCGUACUCACCGACGAUUUUUGGACAAAAUUUGAAUUGGGACAAGUAGAAGAUGACAUAUUGUUUGGGAUCAGCACUUUGGGAGAACCUAAGUUUAUAAACGGUUCGUUGUUGUCGGCUACAGGUAUCAAGAUGCAGUAUAACCUUCGACAGGACACUACGGCCUACAAGUCCCUAUCAAAGCGUUGGGAGAUACAGUAUCUAGACAAAAUGGCGUCAGUCGCUUUGUACAAUAUUGAUCUAGCUUAUUCUAUGUCUGAUUCACUUAGUCAAGAGCUCAACGACAACACGCGCGGUGAUGUCGGACUGUUCUCGGUGACAUUUUCCCUCAUGAUCACCUACGCCUCCAUUGUUGCCGUCGGUGGAAAUUGGGUCUCACAGAGGGGUAACCUGGGAAGGGCAGGCGUACUUCCGGCCGGACUAGCAAUCAUGGGUUCCUUCGGAUUCUGUUCUGCCAUCGGUGUGGACUUCGUCAACAUGGUUGGAAUCAUGCCGUUCCUUAUCCUAGGUAUAGGCGUUGAUGAUAUGUAUAUCCUGAUGUCCAGUUUGGCCGAUGCACCGUUUGGGGCUAGCGUGGAAGAUAGAAUAGCAUUCACAUUGCAAACCAGCGGCGUGGCCAUUACAAUUACCUCCCUCACAGACUUCAUUGCCUUCAUGGCUGGGACGUUGUCAGUUUUCAAAAGCGUCCGUAACUUCUGUUUUUACACAGGUGUCGCUGUCGCCUUAUGCUACAUAAACGUCAUCACCUUCUUCCUCGCGUGCAUGGUUUUGCACGAGCGACGUGUGGCUCAGAACCGUCACUGCCUGACGUGCAUUCCAUUGAUGACAGGGGAGGAGAGUAGGAAAGCUAACAAGUCCACAACUCACCUGUACUGCUGCACCGGUCGACCGCCUAAAUCGAGAGAAGAAUACGAAAGUGUCUUUGAAAAAUUUCCACGUCUCUUUCUUCCAAAAGUUGCUCUAUUUAAUCCAGCAAAAAUCGUUACUUUAGUUACGUAUGUUAUAUAUCUAGCUGUCUCUAUUUGGGGAGCAUGCAAUUUAGAAGAGGGUCUUAAACUGAAAAACUUAGUAUCCCCAGAUUCCUAUUAUUAUCGGUUUAAUCAAUGGAACUAUCACUAUUUUGACCUGAAGAUGUUGGUGACAUUUAUUGUUCCAGAGCAUAACGAUUUCUCAAACCCGCGUACUUUUGAUUCAGUUCAAACACUAAUGAGUAACGUUAAAUCUGACCACAAAAUUGACAAUAGAUACGAAAUAAACUGGCUGAAAACAAUGCAGGAAACAGGAUUUUAUGACAGAAAAUCAAACGUGUCUGAGAAAACAUUUGUAAAAUCUGUACAUAGUUUCGUUAAAACGUACAAAGCCUUUCAAAAUGAUGUCGUUUUCGAUGAAAAAAUUGAAAAGAUCAUUGCUGCCAAGUUUCACUUGUUUACCGGAAAUGUAAAAACAUCACAAGACCAGGGAGGUUUAAUGUUGCGCAUGCGCGAAUUCGCUUCCGACUCUGAGUUAAAUGUGUUCGCGUUCUCACCUUGGUUUAUCUACUUUGAGCAGUUCGUGGCUGUACUUCCUAACACACUACAGACGGUUGGUGUGGCUGUCCUUGCCGUUUUUAUUAUCACGUGUUUAUUUAUGCCCAGUCCGAAAAUCAUUCUGUUCGUCACAGUUUCGAUGGCGUCGAUUAUUUUAGGUUUGGUAGGCUUCAUGCAUCAUUGGGGCCUCUCUUUAAGUUCCAUAACAAUGAUUCAUGUUAUCAUGAGUGUCGGUUUUUCUGUAGAUUUCUCCGCCCACAUUUGUCACGCGUUUAUGACGGCCGACGGCACGGAUAGGAACGCACGUGUCAACACGGCCGUUAUCCGAGCGGGAGGACCUAUUUUUAACGGCGCAUUUACAUCCAUCCUUGGAGUUUUUAUGUUGAUAUUUUCUAAAUCAUACGUGUUUGUGUCAUUCUUUAAAGUGAUGACUCUCGUGAUUAUAUUUGGCGUGUUUCACGCAGUUCUCGUCUUACCCGUGGUACUGUCGUUAUUUGGUCCCGAUCGAUCUCUUAGUGUCACUGAGGAGGUAUAUGGCGCACAUAACAAAAACGGUAACGCGGUUCAGAUGAAAAACGGCGAGAUCAACCAUGCGUAUCAAGUAGAAAAAAAUGGUAAUUCAUAGAGGGGAUCCCGAUUCUGAAACUCUAGUAGAGGAACAACACGUCAUACCUCAGUAAUUGCUAUAAUCUAAGUAAUGCCAAAGUGUCGAUUAGUAUUAUAUGAAAAAUAUUUCCUUCCCUGUACAUUAAAAUUAUGGAAUUCACUAGACACUUCAUUAAGUACUGCAGAACAAAUAUCAAGGUUUUAAAUUCAAAUCUCUAAGCGAAACAAACCUGUAACUAAACUGUAUGUAGGCAACAGAAAGUUAGACGUAAUACAUGCUAGACUUCGUCACGGCUAUAGUGCUUUGAUUGCAGAUCUCUUUAAAGUUAAUUUAGUCUUAUCUCACGAUUGUUACUGUUCUUAUCUGGUAGAAAACAACUAUCACUAUCUUUUUCAGUGUAACCGAUUUGAUAAAUGCUACAUUGUUCAGAAAGGUAUCUAGAUAUGGUGUUUUUAUUGAUCUGUAUGUUCUGAAAUACUAAGUCAGAAGGAUAACGAAGCUAAACGAUAGUUUGUACAAGAAUAUAUAAAAAAAAUACAAAACGUUUUGAAUAAUUAUUUUAAUGUUGAAAUUAUAUGAUGAGAUCGAGUUUCUGUUUGGCCUUUUUCAGAGAGAGAGAGAGAGAGAGAGAGAGAGAGAGAGAGAGAGAGAGAGAGAGAGAGAGAGAGAGAGCACUGUCUGAAGAAGUUUGAUUUCAUAUGCUGAAUUUAGUGUUUAUAUUAUAUCUAUACGUGUUACUAUUCCCAACAAUUUCAUAUUUCGUCUGUUACUCUGAUACAUCAUCAUUUAGCAAUUAUGCGAUGUGUUAAAGGUCAACAUAUUCCUAUGCCAAUGCUUGUAUUAAUACGACAUUACUUUGCCAAUGCUUGUAUUAAUACGACAUUACUUUGCCAAUGCUUGUAUUAAUACGACAUUACUUUGCCAAUGUUUGUAUUAUUACGACAUUACUUUGCCAAAUUAUUAAAACUGUAAUUGUAUAUCAUGUAAAAGUCACUGAAGUAGGUACUGGUCUGUAAAUAAUAUAUAUUUCCAUCUAUGUAUGUUAAUGUGAUUUUUAUUUAUAAAUAUUAUUGUAUAUAGUAUGCUGCCCAUUGCAUUAUUGAUACCAUUAUGUAAUUGCUAAUGAAACGGGCGUUUUUAAGUUGUAAUAACUUGUGUCCAAUUCCUUUUGAUUUAUUCAAAUAAAAUAUGUUUAAACUAAACUAAACUAAGAUGAUUGAAGUAAAAAUUAUUUGCGGAGAACAUAGGGUAAUGCAACAGACUGUCGUUAGUCUGACUUAGUGUAUUGUUCCGUUUGAAAUUGAAUUGUUUGUGAAACAUUAAACCGUGAUUUCUUAAUAUUAAAGACUUAAUUCAAGAGGUUCUAAACACAGCUGUGAGCAUUUAGGGGCUACCAGUGAAUAACCCACUCCCGAUCGCUCACUCAAUGUAUCAAUCUCUCAAACAUUCGGAGAAAAUGAUAGAAAUAUUUGAGGAACCCAUUGGGUAAACGACUGUGAUAUUUGUUUCACUUACAUUUUGAUAGAGUAGUUACGCUUUGUUCAGUUACAUGUAUUUCGAACAGUUCUUUG